GCUCUAACCCACAGUCAGAGGAGACUCUCUUCAGUUAGGAUGGUGUGAGUUUAUCGGACUGUUUUCAGACUUUAUGAAUGAAACUUUAAAACUUCUCCCACCGUCACUAUGUGGAAACCCGCGUGCACUUUCACUUCUACGACCGAACCUCGCGCCGCUGCCGCCGCGGUCACCUGCCUGCUCGUGACCGGGAUGCUGGUCGUCACAGUCGGACACCCGAGCAGCUCCGACCCGGCGGAGCCUCCGGCAGCAGCUGCAGCAGCAGCAGAGGCGGCGGGCGGGAAAGUUUUCUCGGCGUACCUCAAGAAGUUGACCCGGGAGAGGAGGACGAUAAGCGGCCGUCCGAAGGGGAGCUCUCCCCCCGGGCCUGUGGAGCUUCUGUCCCCGGAGGACGUGUUCAUAGCGGUGAAGAGCACCGGGAGAUAUCACCGGCAGAGGCUGGAGCUGCUGCUGGACACCUGGAUCUCCAGGAACAUGCAACAGGUGAGAGAGAGAGUGUUAUUGAAGGAAACACCACAUCUGAGGCUGAUUUUACUUCACAAACAAGCAAUUUACACAGUUAUCUACCUAAAUAAUGAGUUUUGUUUCCAAAAUAAUGUAAUAAAUGUGAGUUUUAAAGCUGUUUCAUUCACAUGAUACUACUUUGGAGCCCACUUCAGUUCAGUGAGUAAACAAAAGUUAUUUAGAAAACUACAAAAUGAUCUAUAUUAAAUGUGGGAUUGAUCAAACGUCUAAAAAAAGUAACUUUAAACUUAUAGUAAAUAGUUAAAAUCUGAUAUUGUUGUUGUUUUCUGUGUUAAACUAUAGAGAAAAGGGUCGAAUGACAUAAAAAGAAGAUAUUAUAUGUUGGACCAAUACUCAAAUUGUAACUCUAUAACUCAAAGCCUGCUAAUGGCACUAAGAUAGAUAGAUAGAUAGAUAGAUGGAUGUAUCUGAUACUUGCACUGGUUAGAUGCUAAGCUGGAUUUCGUUGCAUUGUUCUGAACAGUGUAAUGACAAUUAAAUUGAAUCUAAUCUAACAUGCAUUAUUGCUAAAAAAAAGGUUAUUUCUGCAGCUGUUACUUAAACCUUCACUUUUCAGCUACUUUAGCUUUAAACUGCUUCUUAAAUUUAAGUGUAAAUCAGUCUGAUCUUCAGUUGUGUCACACGGAGCGUUUUAUUUGUCUUGUAAAUGUUUCCUCUAUCAGGGGAAGUGAGCGGCCCUGAUCUCCUGCUGCAGUUGCAAUCAAGUUAUAAACUCCCUGAAAUGUGAUCGUCCUCUUUGAUCUCCCCGACCUCUGAAUUGUAAAACACAGAUUGAGGCCUUUUGUAAUGCAUGAGAGGGAGAUCUAACAGGCUGACCACACUGCUGCUCACGUGUUGACAUAAUCCCACCAGCAGGGGAUAAAUGCAGCGAGGAUGAGUCAACUCUGUUUUUUAUCAUGAGGUCUCAGUAUGAUGCAGUUUUUCCCUAAAAUACAAAGACAACAGAAGCAUUGUUCAGAGAGAGUUUUCAGAGAAAGACUCGACGUAGACUCCAGACGUCAUAAAAACUGCGGUUUCAUAGCUGUGAAAGGGAGAGGAAGAAAAGAGGGAAUUAAAUAUCAAAGUGAUCUGCAGUCGUAGAGGUGGAGAGCAAUAAAACACGGGAACACUUUAAAGGUUCGUGCACUUCAAAUUCAUCUUUCUUUCUACGACUGAUUCUCCUCAUUAAUUUUAAUUCUCUAUCUUAUUUUUUCUCUGUGCUCGUAAUCCUUUAAGAACAUCCUGAAGUACCUCUUACAGUAAAAUGUUCGAGCAGCCCAGUAAUUUAAGUCUAAAAGCAGCCGUCCUCUCGUCUCUCAGGACUUUUAGGUUUGAUAGUGCGCACAUUUGGGAACAUUUUAGUGUUUUGUGUGAGUUUUUUUGAGAGUAGGCGUCCUAUGAGGGGAUAAAGAAGAGCUGCAUGAUACUGGAAAAAAUAAAAGUAAUUUUAUAUGCAAUUUAGACACAAUUUAUGCAAUUUAUCUUUUCAGUUUAAUUUCAAUAACACACAGAAACAUGCCUACCUGUUUGUUAACCCAGCUGUGCCCAUUGUUAUGCUAACGUGCGCAGCGAGUGUAUCUGAGCCCUGAUGAAAAAUCCACACUGCAUAUAGAUAAAUAAGUUAAACUAAACACAUGAAAAAAGUUUGUGUCAGGCUGUAAACAUGUUUAAUUUUUCAUUUUCACAUUGGAGCUAAUUGGGAGUCUGUUGCUGCUGAAGCCAGUCCCGAGUGGUCACUUGAGGAACUGCAGUUUUUUUGCACUUUCUCAUAAAUGUUCUCAUUUAUUCUCUCUUUGCAGUUCAAUUAAAAACUCAAUGUUUUCCUGUUGAAAAGCACAAAAGAUAAAAUAAGUUGACAUUGACAAAAGCCGAUAAAUAAUUCCAUUGUCGACUUUUGUCACCAGACGUGUUUUUUCCAGUGGAGUGAGGCGUCUUACUUCAUUACGAUCUCUGCCUACAGUCACACAAUAGUGUCUUCGCCGAGCGGUAGGGUAAUCAGACGUGACGGCGCCGACGUCCCUUACAGCAGCUACGAGUACACGCUUAAAAACCUCCAAAGUUUGGGAGCAAGUUAGCCGAGGAGAAAAUGAAAAUAAAAAUGAUUAUCUAAUUAGUCGACUAAUCAUUUCAAUAGUCAGUGAUUAGUCGACUAUUAAAACAGUCAUUAGCUGCAGCCCUAAUUAACUUUUUUAGAUGCUUCCAUUUUUGAAAUUCCCGAUCAUCCUAAUUAAAGCUCCUGUGAGGAACAUUUAGUUUGGCCGAUUCUGGCGCCCCCUGUGGACAAAGUUCUUGUCCUGCACAUGAAACAUCUCAGCCUGUUGACUUUUGACGGUCACAUGUUUUAUUAAGUCUGAAUACUGUAAAACCACCGAUUUAAGGUUUUCAAAAUUACAAUAAAAAUGUUGUCAGUCGUGUCGCUAAUAGACUAAAAAAGGCGUCAUAAUAAGUUUCAUUCUAGAGCUGAACGAUUUAGCAUAAAAAUAUGAUCACAAUAUAUUUUAUCAUAUUGUCCGAUGUUUAUCUAUUUUGCUGCCCUCAGCUCCACGUUUAACUCCACGUUCGGUCAUUCUGUUUACUUCCUGUUUACUUCUCAACUUGAGCAGGAAAAGCUCGACUCUGAUUGGCUGCUGUCAGGCACAUUUCCGCCAUGUGUAAUCGAGUAAUUAUGCUCACAGCUGAUCACUGUGAUCGAACUGAAAUUGAUCACUAUCAUAUAAACGUCCAGACCUGCUUCAUUCUACUUCAUAACAUCCAAAAAUCCCUUACAGGAGCUUUAAUCAUUAAAUCAUCUUCCAUUGAUCGUCUGAGAUCUUUUUAUUCACCCCGGGUCAUGUGAUCUUGAGCAGCAGCUGCAGCAGGACUGGUUGAAUCGAAGGCAAAGACGUUGAGCGGUUAGAGAGUUUCUCAGAUGAGUAUUUGUGAUCAAAGAGUCGUGCAGACAGUAUUUCGGUCUGAUUCACUCCAGAGAGCGUCAGAGAUGGAUCUGCUGCUCUCAAACACAUGGGACUGUGGCGAGCUGCACCCAGCGGCUUCAAAGCUCCUAAUGGGACCCAGACUUGAGUGCGGAGCGGACAGCGGUCGCUCUGAAUCGAAGUUCAACCCGAGACUCAUCUGCUGCUGCCGCUGCUGCUACACAAACACACACGGGCGUUUGUACACUCGCUGUUGACAUGAAGGCGUGUGUUAUGUUUGGGGGGGAAUCAGCUGAUGAGUGUGUGACGCAUUCCUGCAUCAGCUCUCACGGUCAGGUGUGUGUGUAACUCUACCUGUUUCCCAGACACACCUCUGCGCCGUGAGACUGCUGAGUAAUGGAAACACGGCAACCCACACACACACACACACACACUCUCACUGUUACCUUCACAGACACACAAACCCUGGGAACCCUCCAGAUUUCUCAUGGGAAGUUAAAAAUGUGUCUGAUCACAAGAGCGCACACACACACACACACACACACACACACACACAGACGCACACAGACACACACACACAGACGCACUUUCUCCUGCCCUGAUUGUUGUUGUUGUUGUUGCCGUCGUUUCCUGUGCCAUAAAGCUCAACUCCUGGAGAUCCACAGACCCACUAACCCCCCCUCUCAGACCCACAUUUUCUCUCCCCUGUACCCCCUCCCUCCCCCGACACACACACACACACACACACUCCUCCCCUCCUCCUCUUCCUAAAACACAGACACACACAUUUAAACAAGAAGCCGACUCCUCUCCAGAGACUAAAGAGGCUCAGGAGUGAAAAAAACAGACUGACAAGAAGUCACAGCUGGCUGGACUCUCUCUCUCUCUCUCUCUCUCUCUCUCUCUCUCUCUCUCUCUCUCUCUCCCUCUCUCUCUCUCUCUCUCUCUCUCAGAGUUUGGAUACAGAUGUUUCUCAGAAAACCGACAGAAGAGAGUGUCGGUUGUUUUUAAUCUAUGUAGCGUGUAAUUGUAGCAGAAGUUAUCCAAGGACACUGAGGACGUCUUACAUGGGCUCGUUGUCCAAAUCCAGGACACAAAAACAGGCUAGAGAAACUAUGGGUCUGAUCUACUAAAGGUUUGUGCAAAAACAGCACGCGCAAUCGAUUUGAAUAUGUAGACUGUAUGUAGAUCAUCAGAACACGCAAAAUUGUUGGAGGAGCGGAUGCAAAUGGAAUCAUUUAACACCCGCAGUGUGAUCUAUCAAACACGGAAACCAUUUGAAAGGCACGUGCAAACUGACACAGCGUUACGCACGGUCAUUGUGGGGAGAAGGAGACAGAAGUGCCAUGAUACACGCCAUGAUCCUUGUCCGAAAGCUUGUGAUUUAUUUCGUUUUUCUAGUAAAUGACGAUUUUUAUAACUAAUAAGGUCAAACACGAAACAGAUGAAAAAGAAAUAUCCGAUCUUAGUACUAUCAGUUAAAAUCAAUUUUAGGUCUUUUGGUCACAUGACAUGGAAGCUAUUGAAGGAAAACAGCCUUUUCUGAGAACAUUAACUGAUAAUUUAUCGACGGUCCCUUAUUCAACACCCGACAUGGAUUUAACCGCGCUGCUGUUGCUAUCCCCGGUUGCUAUAAUUAUUUUUUUGUAGGAUGGUAGGGUAAAGUCCCGCCUCCUUUACCUCUGAUUGGCUCGAAAAGCUGGAAACAUCAUCACACGCUCAAGCCAAACGCGGGCUGUCGGCUCUUUACAUCUAACAGAACUUUAUCGCACUUUUGAAUCUCCUAACCCGACAGACGAUGACGUUUCACAGCCAUUAGGAAUAACGAAUCAGAGCCCAGCACUUCUAGCCAAUCAGAGGCGAAGGAGGGCGGGCCUUCCCCUAAAAAAAUAGCUUCCCGGUUAUGGAGAGUGUGAAGACACCGGUAGAUCAACUGUGAAUGUCCGUCGAAUAUCCAACCUAAAACUAACUUCACUGCCGUAUUUUCAUGAAAAACAAACAUCUGUUGCCUCGGUUGAUUUUUUUAAUGUGACCCUGAAUACGUUUUACAAUUCACACACAUCUAUUUUUAGUUGCAAAUGUGAGUGAAACAGUCGCACCGUGGGGCCCUGUGGUCGGGACGUCCUGGUUUUCACGCUCCUUUAACCCAACAUGGAUUCAGUCGUGUCUCGUCGUCUUUGUCUCGUUGUCUUUGUCUCAUCAUCUUUGUUUCAUCGUCUUUGUUUCACGUCGUUUCGAUUGUCCCGGAGCCAACACAUGAUUCACAGGCUGCUCUGCAUGCAAACUGGGGGUGUGAGCUCACUUCCUGUGGAAAGUUUAGGGGGCUACACGGCUUCCUGAGUGCGCGGCGACCCUCGACCCCAUCACUCAUCACAUAAACGCUUGUGUACACACACACACACACACACAGCUGCUGGGCUGUUGACAGACAGGAGGCUCGCUAACCUUUGUCUUGGCCUAAACCCAUCAUAAGCAUCUCUCUGCGCUGCACGUUGGCGAGGUUUGAGUGAGCGAGGAAACAGGUGGAGCCUCACCUGAGAUCACAAACAUACGAGCUUCUGAGGGAGCGUGUUUUGGUUUCCCUGCUGCUGGUCGAAUAACAUGAAGCGUGUGUUUGUGUGUUUUUCCACAGACGUACGUGUUCACCGAUGGAGAGGACGAGAGGCUGAGGAAAAGGAUGGGUGAGCAGCACACACACACACACACACACACACACACACACACACACAGGCUGCUGUUUUCGCUGACUCGCUGCAGUGUUAUCUGCAGUGUGUGAGCAGGAAAGCAGGAACCAGGCUGCUGAGUGGGCAAUACUGCGAGUCCAUAAAGAGCAGGAAGUCACUUGAGUUUAAUCAACAGAGCGUUCCUCGUCCGUCUUUAGCGAUUGUUCAACUUUGAAUGAGGUAUUCUUCUCACUAUCAAACUCAUUGUACGACUAAAACUGUUAUCCUGAGAAUUUAUCGCCUUGUUAUCGAGCAGCAGUUAUUUUAAGCUCCUGAGAGGACAAAGCGGCCUCCUGUCUCUACCUCCAGCUGAUUUCUUUCACAGAACAUUUAGGUGUUAAAACAACGACAGAAACAAUCGAUCUUGUUGUAAAUGAGCUGCUUCACUUUCACGGGUCGUAUAAAGGCAUCAGUUAAGGCCGGACGAUUAACCUACUUUAAAUCGUAAUCGAAUUAUUUGAUUCAGACACAGAAAUGUCCGUCAAACACAUGAGUGUGUGUGCGAGAGCUCGGCGAAACCAUGUCAACCUUAAAGCUCCUUUAAGUAAUUUUCAGUUUGGGUCAAUUUUGGCGCCCCCUGUGGACAGAGUAGUCUAUUUUUUUUUGUCUUCUACAUGUUUGAGUAACGACUAGGAUAUUAAACUCAUCAGUCGUGUUGGUAACGCUCUUAUUUUCCUUUGGAAUAGGGCUGCUCGAUCAAUCGAUUUUAAAUCCUAAUCAGAUUUUUGAGUAUAACGAUGUUUAAAAAAUUUAAAUCAUCGAAUCGAUUUUCCUCUCUAUCAUGUCUCGCACCUCCAGGCCACCGUAGGCUCAAGUUCCCACACACACCAGUGUAAACAAACAUGGCAACAAACAUUUGUAAAAGAAAAUUUUGUGUUUAAAUAGGACAAGAGCGAGUCAGUCGUGUUGAAUUGGUACGACUUCACAGUUUCAGAUGAAGAGUAAACCACUCCCCGCUGUAAAGUCUGUCUGUAGGCGGUAUCAACCCGUCACCACGGAAACAAAUUCAAGAGGAAACGCUAAAAUUUUUUGUCAUAUCAGCGUUUCAGGUGACUGUAAACGUUACUUUUUAAAAACGGGUCAGAGAGUGAAUAAAUCUGUAAACGACGACCAUUUCAUCUCCGUGUGGAUGUCUAUCUGCAUCUCUGGAAACGAUCAUGUGACACACAGAGUAACUCUUUUAUGGCGCCAAAACAACCUUUAUACACAUGCUCUGUACUCUUCUUCUGUCUUUGGUGCAUUUCCUGUGCAGAGUUACAGUGCCACUUACUGGCUUGGCAUAUGAACUACAUCGCUUUCAGUGGUUUAGUUUUGAGAGAUGAUGGAAAAACUUUUUAUUAAAGUGAAGUUUGGUGAAGUUGUCACUGAUUAAAAAAUCAAAAUCGAGUUUUCAGAGAAGAAAAUCGUGAUUUUAUUUUUGUCGUGCAGCCCUACCAUCAAUAUUCAUUUCAAUCUGUUUCUUCUUCUUUAACCCUCUCCUUCUUACAAAACCAACAUUAAUCAAAGUUUCUUCACUCAGUCUAAAUUUUCUAACCACUCGUUUGUCGUCGAUCACCAGGCGCCCACCUCAUCAACACCAACUGUUCAGCUGCCCACAAUCGUCAGGCCCUCUCCUGUAAAAUGUCUCUGGAGUACAACGCCUUCAUCAACUCUGGGAGGAAGUAAGACUAAGACACACUCCGAACACACACUCACUUCAGCCCGACACACAAAGAGUGUUAGACUAACUCUCUGGGACUUGUGCUGCAGGUGGUUCUGUCACGUGGACGAUGAUAACUACCUGAACGUCGGCUCCCUGCUGAAGCUCUUGUCUCAGUACAGUCACACUCAGGAUGUUUACAUCGGGCGGCCCAGUCUGGAGAGACCGAUCGAGGCCGUGGAGAGACUCGACAACACGGAAACGGUACUUUGACGAACUCUGACAGCGUUCCUUUAAAAAAAAAGUUUGUCAGAUAUCGUAACCAGAUUACUAGUUUUAUGUUAACUAUCUUUGCAUGGGUGUCUAUAGGCAUUGACUCACUUUUGGAGCCAGCCUCAAGUGGCCAAUAAAGGAACUGCACUUGCAUUUGACCUUUAUUUCACAGCUGCUCCUUAGACAUGAAUCCUAAACAAAGCGUUCUCCUAAAGACGCAGAUUUACGCCCAAGUUUACCUGCUUCGUACUCAGAUUUUUUCACGAACACAAUCUAGUUUUCGUCUUCGUCUCGGCGACCCAGAGUGACCCCUGCAUGCGUUUGUCUUUGUGCACAGAGGCAGGUGCGUUUCUGGUUCGCCACAGGAGGAGCAGGAUUUUGUCUGAGCCGGGGUCUGGCCCUGAAGAUGAAACCCUGGGCCAGGUACAGAGUCACUGAAGACUUCUGAUGCUGUUUUUACCGUAUUUUUUAAACCUCCUGCUUUAUGACUCUUUAAUCGUAUCUCUGUGUAGUGACGGCACCUUCAUGGCCACAGCCGAACACAUCCACCUCCCUGACGACUGCACCGUCGGCUACAUCGUGGAGGCUCUGCUCGGAGUGAGCCUGAUUCGCUCGGCGCUGUUUCACUCCCACCUGGAGAACCUGGGGCUGGUUUCUGACAUACACAGCCAGGUACACACACACUUCGACACACACACACACACACACAGACAGACUCACUGAUAAGUCAGCUGUUUGAUCAGUUUGUAUUUCUCUCUUUUAGGUGACGCUCAGUUACGGCACGGUGGAAAACAGCAGAAACACGGUGAACCUGAAAGGACCUUUUUCAACAAACGAGGAUCCUUCAAGGUGAGAGGAUUUCUGUCAAAAUUUACGACAAUAACCGACGUUAUUUUGCCCAAAUCGGUAUAUUCAGUGUCAAUAAAUAAAUAAAUCAAAGUUGGUUUUGGAUGUGUGUAGGUAGGCUAUGGCCUCAUGUCCCUUAAAGACGCUGUCCUACAUCAGAAGAGGGAAAGACAGGUGAGGAGAUGGAGGACGGUUCAAAAGUUGGAGCAGCUGAAGUAGACGAAGUUAAUGUGGGAGGGGGUGAGCAGCUUGUGGAGUAGUUAUUGUCUAUUUAUCGUUAUCGAGGUGAACUGAUCAAUAUAUCGUGAUAUUGAUCUAAGGUCAUAUCGCCCAGGCUUUUGUUUAAUAAUGAAUCAUAAACACAAAUCUGAAUUUGUCAUUUUUAAGCGAUCAUCUUCAGUCACAGCCUCGGCUACAUACAGAUUUGGGACGUUGUGCAAAAUAUGGAUAAAAUCAAGUCCUGGUUUUUAUUUGAGAUAGUGCAAAGAUAACAAAUCAAUAACAUAUUGACUCCAAAGUUUGGACAGGAACAAGAAAACGCUUUAAAAGUUCUGCCAAAGAAACAUAAUAGGAAGAGUCUGAAUUUAAGUGUUUUAUUAUCUACAGUAAAAAAAUACAAAAACAGAUCCAGAGAAGAAAACAAAAGACUUGAUGGCCUCAUCUUUGGGCCCUCAGGUUACACAAUCACUGAGCUCUCGACUUUCUUCUUGAAAAUCAUUAGGGCUGUAAUCAAGCAAAGAAAUUCUUGGUCGACUAAAACACUGAAAUUUUCCACUGAUCAGACGGGGGGUUCAGAUUCUGAUGGCGAACCCUCUGUGGCGGGGGACAACGCGGCUCGGCGGUGUGGUAGAGGACAUGGAUGGUAGAGGAGGACUCACGUGAGAGUUAAACGCUCAAAAUAAAAAUAAAUAUUCAGCAAACCACCGGCCGUUGAUUAACGUGGACACUCUUCAAUCUUCCGCUCUCCAGUGGGUUGGGCGAAUCCAAAAUGGUGAAAACAAGGGGGGUGUUCUGAGACAGACUGUUAGCUGUGAAACCAGGGUGCUCUGAAAACACCCCCAUUAGCAUUUGGUACGUUCCUCCUGAUGAAAUUAACCAUAGACUGUAAAUUGAUGCGGUAGCUGGUCGAAUCAGCAUGUAUCGACCAAUAAAUCGACCAGUCGUCUCAGACUCUACAAUCAUGGACUUUCAUCUUCUGCUUCAAAGGGGAGAAGGACCGUGCUUGUUCAUCAUCUCAGAAAAUGAACCGGUUUUGGAGACGCUAAAUGCUAACGUCAGUUUGGACACAGAAGGCGGCCUUCUCUGUAAAUAUCGGUUCGUUUGGUUUGUUUGACUUCUAUUAUGUCCAGACAAACGCCUCCUGAGACACCUCCCAUCCUGGUCACCUCCUGUUUGAACUUUUGCCGUCAGGCAGACGCUAUAGGACAAUCAGAUCCAGAACGAACAGACUUAAAAACAGUUUUUUUCCGUCAGCAAUAACUACCCUCAAUGCCUUAAGGAAGGCUAGGAGUGACUGAAUACCUAUUUACUCAUUUACUUUAUUUAUUCUGAACUUAUUUAUUUAUUUAGAACUGCUAUUUAUUACUGUAUUUGUUUUUAAUGAUGCACUGACUGUCUGGCACUUUUUUAAUUUCGUUGUACUGGUUACAAUGACAAUAAAGGACUAUUCUAUUCAAAGAACCGACGCUGACGGAGAUCCCUCCAUCAGGCCUCCCAGUUUUCAGGAUGUUGAUUUGUUUUUUGGGGCCUCUUCCCUCCUUUCUGUUGCUUCUCCCUCGUCCUCUAAUCAUGUGAUGGUGUAUUGAACCGGGUUAAUCAUCUUUGCUGUUGUACCUCGUCGAUAGACAGUGCGCCACAGGGAAGGAGGGGUGAUGAGAUAAGCGUGUUGACCUGUUGGCGUUCGGGUUAAUUGAAAAAGAUUAAAAAUCGUUCAUACAAUCGAUAGUACACGCUGUUUGUUUUCUGUCCGUCCCAGGAAGAGCUCUGGUUGUGUAAACCGAGUACUACAAUCCUCCUUUAUGUAAGCGCUUCUUGUUGUGAGUGUUUUACUACUAUGACAAGCUUCCUGGCUUUGUUCAUUGUGUGUGCGUGCGUGUGUGUUUAGUGUGCACACGACUAAUAGUAUCCACGGCCUUAUUUUGAAAUCCCCAGUGGGCCGCUUCCAGGCAUUGUGACUCUCAUUUCCCUCUCUUUCUCAGGUUCAGGUCGGUCCAUUGUCUGCUGUACCCAGACACUCCUUGGUGCCCGAGCUCCUGGCGACUUUAACACCCAUCCAGAGACACACAGACGGGAGGAGGACAAUCAGUCCAUGUCUGCUCGAACCCAGGAGUCAACCGCAGACAUUCAGGUGGAGAGAGGUCUGAGUGCUGCCGUCCAAAACCUUCUCUGCGUUUCCUCGUGACCCGUUAGAGUCUGAGGUGUCGACAAACUGUGAGAUAGGAUGACACAACAAGAGAGGAAGGCCGAAGCUCAAGACUAAGAGUCUGGACGGGCCAAAGAUGGAGAAAUAACAACGAGAAACUGCAUCAGACUCAAUGAUACAAUUAGCGUGUAAUAAUGAGGCUCAUAGGGAAAGACUGGAUACGAUUACGGCUCGUCUCCAUAUUAAAAACAUCAUUUUAUCCGUUAUGUGUUGAACCGAAACAUUUAACGGGUUUACUGUUCAAGUCCUCUUCAGUUAGCUGUUUAGAGAUUGUACCUGCUGUUGUUAAAUACGCUUUCCUCGCCUUUUCUUCGCUUUGCAGCUUCGAGAACUCAAGUUUUUUUUUUGUACAGAUAUAUUUUGCAGGGUUAGGUUGCUGCGUUCGGUUGCACGCUCCAACGUCAUUGUUUCAGUUUUGACAGGGAUGUUAGACUGACUUCAUAUCUGAGGUUUGAAGUGGUCGAUGCUCAGUAUUAUCCUCUUUCUCUGUCACGACUCAGCACUUUGAUUUUUAUAUUUCUGCUCUUUGUAAAAAAACGUUGAAAAUCAUCGAAGGAAAAAGACGAAACGACAGUAUUCUCGUGUGUUUGUAAAGAGGAACGGUGCGUCUCUGGCUGUACGUUCAACUACGAGAAGCGGGUUUUACACUCUAGCGCAGCAUCGCUGGUAGCGAGCUUGGCAAACAUGCUUCUGCUCCCAGAUAUGAACCAGAAUAAACUUGUGAGAGCAAACACAUUUUUUUUAAAUGAAGAAACCAUUCCUCCCCAAACCCCUUUUUUUGUAUUUUGUAUUUUGAGCCGCUGUUUCCAAUGGUCAUUUUUUAAAACAAGUGAAUCCGUCACUUUUUAAUUUUGAAAAAGUUGCACAGCAGCAUCAUGACGAACGUAACGGUUUGAUUUUUAAGAUUUUAUGGAGAAAUGACUCAUGUUGGGUCGUCUUUUAUUUUGCUUUUAGAAUCAGUUGUUAAAACUGAAGACAAGUCCUUAAGUUAAAUUCUGUCCCUACUUAAAUGAAUGUAUAUGAUGAAAUGUUGAUUUGAAGCAGGUUUGCUUUAUCCAGUAUCUGGACUCUGUGUACUCAUCAGGAUUGGAGGAAAUAAAACAGAUUUUUGAUCAAAACUCGA